AUGCUCGGCGAGACGGUGCCGGAUGAAGUGGCGUUGACGGUGCUGAGCCACCUCGAUGACCCGCUCGACUUGCUGCAAGUGGCGGAGACCUGCCGCCCCGCCCGACGCCUCGCCCGCGACAGGCAGCUGUGGGAGGUGGUGCUGCGGCGCUCGAGCCACGAGCGGGCCGUGCGCUGGUGCUCGCUCGUGCUCGACGGCAUUCCGCCACACCUGGCCCGCGGCGCCUCUGGUGGGACCGAAGAAGUGGGCAUAGUGGAGUGGGGGCGCUUCUUCGCGCGCCACAAGCGCGCCCUGGUGGCGUGUCUGCGGCCGCACUACCCCUCUGAUCGCAUGGCCACGGCACUGGCCGAGGUGCUGAUGAGCCGCGAGUUCAUGACCGAUUGGCUCGUGAGGCGUCUGCCCAGAAAGGACCACAAUGAGCACUUGAACGCGCUGGCCAAGCUGCCGGCCCAGUUCGUCUUCGAUCUGCUCAUCUUUCCUCUGCUCGAAGCCCAGCUAGAAGCCGCACCUGACGAGGACACCGAAGCUCACGUCCGUGGCCAUUUCGCUCGUCACACGCUGGGCUAG